GUGGGCGCACGGCUCGCUCGGCCGCCGCCGCUGCUGUUCCUGUGUCUCGGCGGCGGCGGCGGCGGGGUGGGUGGCUCCGCUUUGCGUCGCGUCCCGGGCGUUUCGGGGUGACCGUCGAAGCCGGAAGACGGCCCAACGCGACCCCCGGGAGGGACUCCCCGGUCCGGUUCUCUCAAGCCGAGUUAAAGGAUCCUCUGACAACAUCCAUGAAUCCCACUAGACUGCAGGAAAGCAGCCAGAUAUCUGCAAAUGUCAGAAUUCACUUCAAAGUCUGCAGGUUCAUCAUGGAAGCAGGUGUGAAGUUAAGCCUGCGGUCUGUCCCUAUUGCUACAGCAUGCACCAUUUAUCACCGAUUUUUUAUGGAGGUGCCUCUGGAGCCAUAUGAUCCUUACUUGGUAGCUAUGGCUGCAUUGUAUCUGGCUGGGAAGGUAGAAGAACAGCAUUUGCGGAUAAGGGACAUCAUCAAUGUGAGCCACAGGUACUUGCAUCCUCGGAGUGAUCCCCUGGAGCUGGAUACACAUUUCUGGGAGCUGAGAGACAGCGUUGUCCAGUGUGAGCUGCUCAUGCUACGUGUGCUCUGCUUCCGUGUCUCCUUCCAGCACCCCCAUAAGUACCUCCUCCAUUAUUUACUGUCCCUGAAGCACUGGAUGAACCGGCAUAGUUGGGAGCGGACCCCGGUGGCGGCGGCAGCUUGGGCUCUGUUGCGGGACAGCUACCACGGACCUCUGUGCCUCCAGCAUCCUCCACAGCACAUUGCCGUGACGGUCCUUUACCUUGCCCUGCAGUGUUACGGGGUAGAAGUGCCUGCUGAUGCUGAAGCAGAGCGGCCGUGGUGGCAGGUGUUCAGUGAAGAUCUUUCCAAACCUGUUAUGGACCAGAUAGUCUUGGAACUGAUACGGGUCUACACUUUGGAUGCAGAGAUAUAAGUACACUUCCAGCCAAGGGUCUGUCCUGGAUUGUCAUGUUUCAGGCUGGAAUAAUGCUGGAAGUAUUACGGAUACUUGAAGGGAUUGACACCAGAAGCACAUCCUGUUCUUUUGAGACAUCCCACUGAACAGCACUGGAGUUGAGCAAGGGAAGCACCUUGAUAGCACUGAGAAUCUCCUAAUAGAAUCACUUUCCAGUGGAGAGUUCGUCUGGAACUAGUUUUCUAUCACCCACAAAAGGAACAAUGUUCUGAAUUGAAGUUUGUGGAACGAGGAAAUGAAUAAAAAAGAUCCUUCAUCUAU